GGAUUUCUAAAUAGAUCACACUGUUGGACAGGUGGAAGUUGCUGUUACUACAAACAAAAUGGGUGCCAAUGUGAUGUAUCUUGGAAUAAUGGCAUUGGUUCUGAUUCUUUUGGCAGAGCCAGUCUACAUGCAGGGGACUUCACAAUCCUCUGCAAAUGCUUCAAAUGUCUCCUUUCCUACCCAGCCCACAGCAUCAUCUACAACCAUUUUAAAUUCAACAAUGACUAGCACUGCUUCUUCAACCAUAACAUCAUCUUCAACUUCCAUAGGAAAUAUAGCAGUCCAAAACUCAAUUUCUGCAACUUCAAUGUCAAUGUCAACUAGUACAGAAAAUGCAACAACAAACAGCUCCACUUCUGCAACUUCAAUGUCAAUGUCAACUAGUACAGGAAAUGCAACAACAAACAGCUCCACUUCUUCAACUUCACCAUCUUCAAUUAGCACAAGUACAAACAAAAACAACUCAACGUAUUCAACAUCUUCUGCAAUUAGUGCACAAAAUACAACUACAAAUAAAUCAAAUUCUUCAUCUUCACCGAGCACAGGACAUACAACAAGCAACAGUUCUAUGUCCUCAAGUUCAACAUUAUCUUCAGUUAGCCCAAAUAGUGCAAUAAGUAGCAACAGCUCUACUCCCCAGAAUGGAACAUCAUCUUCAGUUAACACAGUAUCUGUCUCUUCCACCACUAAGUCUACCACCAAAAAUUCUGCCAGUCUGAUAUCCUGUUCAAUUUAUAAGACUGCACAACUUCUUCUAAUUGCUGUGUUUCUUAAUCAGGCAUUGAUGUUCUAAUAAAUAUCAAAAUUCAACUUCUUUAAAGUUGUAAAACAACCAAAAAAAUUGAUCUUUCAUAUGUGUAUAUACUAAAUAAAUAUAUAAAUCAAAUUGUAUGUCAAAUUAAGACUUAAUAGUUUGCAGGCAUGUACAUGAUUGGUACAUAUGUGCUUUAUGAGGUAUAGUUUAUUCUAAAUGUACAGAUUGCCUGGAAUGGGUGUUGAAAACUGAAAGGCAAUUGCACCAUUCUCAGUGGUCCAAAUGAGCCAACUUUACUGGUAACUGGGAUACUGAGUCUAAAACCAGAACAAUGGAAAGGUCAGCAAGAAAAGCUCAUGUGUCUAACACUAUAAAAGGCAUGCUCUGUUUUAUUUUUUAUAAAUUGAUUUUCAUGCAUGUAUUUAAGUGUGUCAAAAAUCUGUGCAAUUAUAUGCAAACUAUGAAAACAAUUUGCUACAAGUUCCAAAAAUUCUUUAAAAUUAGAAAAAAAAUAACAGAUAAUAAAUGUUGGUAUUGUAAGGCUGAACCCAUCCAGUCAAGUACCGGUAAUUGUAAUUCUGAACUUUUUGUUGGAUGAAAAGCAUGCAGUAUCUACUUCUCCAAUUUGUCAAUGAAAUAUUGCUCUUAAAAUGUAGGGAUAAGGCAUAUUGUUGAGUUUGGCUCCUUGAUUUCAGUAUAACAGAUAAAACAAUAAAAAUAUCUCACACUCCA